UCCGUAGCCGUUUGGCUCAAGGGCUCGUUCUUGGUCGGACUUCCGAUACCGCAGCGCACUGCCUAGGCACCCGUGCGGCUACCAUGGCUACGGGUCUGAACUUGCUGACAUUUGUAAGUUUCGUUUGUGUCUGUAUGGCUGUCGGCGAGGGGGAGGACUUGAUGACGGAGCUUGCGGGCGAGGUGCUCUCCAACAAGCAGGCGCUCCUGAGCAUUCCGUGGGAAAUCUACAGGGACACGCCAUCAUUCAGGGAUGUUGGCUACGUGGGCGAGUUUCCAAUUAGCGAUUCUGCUGCUACUGAGAUCCACCUGAGCUCGUUGCAGACUGGACGGGAAAUCCAAGGAUUCCCACCAAACGUUCUGAUUGGCAGGGCCCUGGUCAAAGACUCCCUCAAGGUUACACAGCCUCCUGCGAAUUUUCGUUACACGGGCAAAGGAGGUGAGGAGAUCAAGCACUUGAAUGGUCUGACGAACCCUGCGGGCGAUCUGACUGUGUGGCAGUGGCAGAGGAUGAGGUGGUCUGCUGCGAAGGAAUGGCUGGAAUAUUGGGCUGACCGCGGGGCCGCGGGCGCGGGCGGCGCCAGAUUGGCCAUCAUCCAUUCCAGCGGUGAUGUGCUCUACGGCGGCGGCUGUGACGAGAACACGAUCGUCUACAGGUACAACAGGAUCGUCAACGCGAGUGGUGGCUCGCAGAAGAUCGUGAUGGCGGCGGAGCUGAGUCCUUGGCCUGCUGACCUGGGGUGGAGCUAUAACUUGACUAGCUCUAGCUGGGCUGAGGGCAGGAGGGCCGACGUGCUUUCGGACUUCAGCGUGCCCGAUAACUGGGAGUCGACAUACGCCAACUGCACCGAGCCCAGCGUAGGCCCGUGCAACUCUUCACCCAAAUACAUGUACGCCAACUCCGGCUUCAUGAUGGGUACAAUCGACGCUCUCAUCGACAUGAUCGCAGAUCUUGGGACUACCUACUCUGGCUGGGACAAUCGAUGGUUCAACGAGUACUACUUGAAGAACCCUGCUACUGUGACUCUCGACUACGCUGGCAUCCUGUCCAUGUCCCUCCACAACAUGAAUCUCGGAAGCCUCCCGCUCGAAGUCAACGGCACUAACACGGGCAAGACCAUCCAGAGCAAGUUGACAAACGGUUCGAUUUGCUUCGUGCACGGCAACGGGAACAGCUUCGCAGCUCUUCAAGGUAUCGCGGGGGAGCUCAAGGCCUAGACUUGAGCAGUGUAGGCAAAACGAGUCCAUAGUAUGUUUCGCUUGGAUGCGUGCGCAUGCGCAAUUACAUACGAACAUCGCAUGUGUUGACGUUUUCAAUGCGAGAUUCCCACGAGUGUCAGAUGUUCAGGGUCUUUUCCAGGGCGCAGUGACUUCUUGCUCCGCUCCUCGCUGCCUUGCGCUUGAAGUCCACACGAUUCCGCGGAAGCAUCUUUGGAGCUGCUUCCGCGUGUGGCGCUGCAACGCUUGCCUUGCAGUUCGCUGUUUCAUUUCGUAAUUUCAUUGCCUCUGCGAGUGCUUGUGGUGCUGGCUUGGGUCCACAUGUCGGCAAUGAAGAGCCCAUCAGGGUGCGCGCGAUUCGCGCUCUUACUCCUCCUCUGUCUCCCCCUUCCAAUUCUAGACGCUCCGCGUAA